GCCACACCACACGCAGGUAGCACACUCCACUCCCCUGCCCCGCACUCCACCGCUCCGCUUGCCGUGGGCGCCGGCCAGGCCAUGGCUUCCACCAAGACCCCGGCCCUGUCUCGCUUCGUGUUCGCGGCCCUCGCGGCGCUCGCCUGCCUCCUCCGUCCCGGCGCGCCUGUCGAGCUCCACCGCAAGCUCUCUGGCUGGUCCGACGACGCCGGCGCGACGUGGUACGGCGCGCCCAACGGCGCCGGGAGCGACGGCGGCGCGUGCGGGUACCAGAACGCCGUCGACCAGCCGCCGUUCGCGUCCAUGAUCGCCGCCGGCAGCCCGUCCAUCUUCCAGAGCGGCAAGGGUUGCGGCUCCUGCUACCAGGCGAGGUGCACCGGGCACGCGGCGUGCUCCGGCAGCCCGGUGACGGUGGUCCUCACCGACGAGUGCCCCGGCGGCGCGUGCCUGGAGGAGCCCGUGCACUUCGACCUGAGCGGCACGGCGUUCGGCGCCAUGGCGAAGCCCGGCCAGGCCGACCAGCUCCGCGCCGCCGGCCGCCUCAAGAUCCAGUACACCCGGGUGCCGUGCCACUGGCAGGGGACGGAGAUCACGUUCAAGGUGGACGCCGGCUCGAACCCGAACUACCUGGCGGUGCUGAUCGAGUACGAGUCCGGGGACGGCGACCUGCGCUCCGUGGAGCUCAUGCAGAGCCGCGGCGGCGGCGGCGCGGCGUGGGCGCCGAUGGAGCAGUCGUGGGGCGCGGUGUGGCGGUACGACUCGGGCGCCGCCCUGCGCGCCCCCUUCUCCAUCCGCGUCACCUCCGGCUCCGGCAGGACGCUCGUCGCCAGCGACGUGAUCCCCGCCGGCUGGACGCCCGGCGCCACGUACCGCUCGGUCGUCAACUUCAGCUAGUGACGAAGUGACGGGCACAAUAAUGGGUAGAUGCGCGCGCGCACGCCCGCCGCCGGUGGCGUGAGCUGUGACGGCGGCGUGGCGCGUCGAGGGCUUGGUUUAUGAUUCAGGCUGUGCGUGCGUGCGUGGGCGUAAAAAUUAGCGCCGUGACAAUUCGUGUUGCGUGGUGCGUGACGUUCGUGCUAAGUUUGGGUAUGAAUAAAUGUUAGUAGAAGUGAAGUUGCUUG